CGGAGCUCCUUGGGCCACCCGGCCGCCAGGCCGGCCGCAUGGCCCAGACCCCCGACGGCAUAUCCUGCGAGCUGCGAGGUGAGAUCACCAGGUUCCUGUGGCCCAAGGAGGCAGAGCUGCUGCUGAAAACCUGGCUGCCAGAGCGGGAGGGUGCUGAGCAAGGUCAUGUCCUGGCACUGCUCCGAUGGAGAGCCUACCUGCUCCACACCUGCGUCCCCUUGAGGGUGGACUGCACAUUCAGCUACCUGGAGGUCCAGGCCAUGGCGCUGCAGGAGGCACCCCCUCAGGUCACCUUUGAGCUGGAGUCCCUGCCUGAACUGGUCCUGGAAUUUCCUGGUGUGGCUGCCCUGGAACAGCUGGCCCAGCACAUCGCUGCUGCCAUCAGGAAGGUCUUCCCUUGCUCGACCCUUGGGAAACUAUUCCGGAGGCCCACACCCGCCUCCAUGCUGGCUCGGCUGGAGAGAAGCAGCCCCUCAGAGGCCACCUUGCCCAGCAGACCCUGUGGUGGCUUUUCGGAGACAUAUGAGGCUCUGUGUGACUACAAUGGCUUCCCUUUCCGAGAGGAGAUUCAGUGGGAUGUGGACACCAUCUACCAUCGUCAGGGCUGCCGCCAUUUCAGCCUAGGCGACUUCAGCCAUCUAGGAAGUCGGGACCUGGCCUUGAGUGUGGCCGCCCUGUCUUACAACCUGUGGUUCCGGUGCCUCUCCUGCGUGGACAUGAAGCUGAGCCUUGAAGUCUUGGAACAGAUUCUGCACAUGAUGAGUCAGUCAUCCCACCUGGAGGAGCUGGUGCUGGAGACCUGUGGCCUGAGGGGAGACUUUGUCCGGAGACUGGCCCAGGCCCUGGCAGGGCACACGAGCUCCGGGUUGCGGGAGCUCAGCCUGGCGGGGAACGUGCUGGAUGACCGAGGUGUGGCUGCACUCAGCAGACACCUAGAGCAUCAUCCUGGAGCCCUGAGGAGACUCACCCUGGCGCAGACUGGGUUGACGCCGCGAGGAAUGAGGGCUCUGGGCCGGGCGCUGGCUUUCAAUGCAGCGUUUGACUCUGCCCUAACCCACUUGGACCUUUCCGGGAAUCCCGGGGCACUGGGGGCCUCGGAGGACAAUGGGGGCCUCUAUAGUUUCCUGAGCCGUCCUAAUGUUCUGACGUUCCUGAAUCUCGCAGGCACUGACACCGCCCUGGACACUGUGAGGGGGUGGUCAAUGGGGGUGGAUGCUUUGUCGGGCUGGCCGGGCCUGAGGCCCAAGGGUCGACUGGAGGGCAGGGCGGGAAGGGUCAGUCCCCCGGCCAGUGUAGCCCACACGCUCCUCCCGCAGCUCUUUGCCUCGCUGUCCCGCGGCUGCUGCGCCAGCCUCACCCACCUCGACGCUUCGAGGAACGUGUUCUCCCGCACGAAGUCCAGGGCUGCGCCCGACGCGCUGCAGCUCUUCCUCAGCCGCGCCGGGACGCUUCGGCACCUGUGCCUGGCGGGCUGCAAGCUGCCUCCCGACGCGCUCAGGGCGCUUUUGGAAGGCCUCGCGCUCAACACGCACAUGGACGACCUGCAUCUGGACCUCAGCGCUUGUGAGCUGCGCUCCGCCGGCGCUCAGGUGAUUCAAGACUUAGUGUGCGACGCUGGCGCAGUGAGCUCCCUGGAUCUGGCGGAUAAUGGCUUCGGCUCAGACAUGGUGACUCUGGUGCUGGCCAUCGGGAGGAGUCGGUCCCUGCGACACGUGGCGCUUGGAAGGAACUUCAACGUCCGGUGCAAGGAGACCCUGGACGACGUCCUGCACCGGAUUGUUCAGCUCAUGCAGGAUGACGACUGUCCCCUGCAGUCUCUGUCCGUGGCUGAGUCGCGACUGAAACUGGGCGCCAGCGUCCUGCUCCGGGCCCUGGGCGCCAAUCCUAACCUGACAGCCCUGGAUAUCAGUGGCAACGCCAUGGGGGACACCGGCGCCAAGAUGCUGGCCAAGGCGCUUCGGGUCAACACGAGGCUCCGGUCUGUGGUCUGGGACAGGAACCACACGUCUGCUCUGGGCCUGCUGGACGUGGCACAGGCCCUGGAGCAGAACCGCAGCCUGAAGGCCAUGCCUCUGCCACUGAACGAUGUGGCCCAGGCACAGCGCAGCCGCCCUGAACUGACAGCACGUGCCGUGCACCAGAUCCAAGCCUGUCUCCUGCGGAACAACCGCGCAGACCACGCUUCUACUGACUGCACCUCCCGCCUGAAGCCAUCAGGUCUGGGGUCAGACCCCUCCGAACAGGAAGUGAAUGAACUGUGUCAGUCGGUGCAGGAGCAUGUGGAGUUGCUGGGCUGUGGGGCUGGGCCCCAGGGUGAAGCUGCUGUGCACCAGGCCGAGGAUGCCAUCCAAAACGCUAACUUCUCUCUCAGUAUUCUCCCCAUUCUACAUGAGGCUGGGAGCUCCCCAAGCCACCAAUGGCAGCUGCGGCAGAAGCUGGAGGGCCUCCUGGGACAGGUGGGCGAGGUCUGCCGCCGGGACAUUCAGGACUUCACUCAGACCACACUGGACACCACAAGGAGCCUCUGCCCACAGAUGCUGCAGGGACCCAGGUGGAGGGAGCAGCUAGAGGGGGUCCUGGGAGGCUCAAGGGGUCUCCCAGAGCUGCUCCCAGAGCACCUGCUGCAAGAUGCCUUCACGAGGCUCAGGGACAUGCGCCUGUCAGUCACAGGGACCUUGGCAGAGAGCAUUGUGGCUCAGGCUGUGGCGGGUCUGAGUGCAGCCCGGGAUCGGCUGGUGGAGAGUCUGGCUCAACAGGCAACAGAGGCAAUGCCCCCUGUCAUACCGGCACUAGAUGGAGGUGAGCCCAGCCCCCUUGGGCCUGGGGAAUUGGAAGGUUUUUUCUUCCCUGAGGAGGAGAAAGAAAAGGAGAAUGAAGAGGAGCAGAAGGAUGACAGUCCUCCACAGAAGUGGCCUGAAUCCAACCGCUGUCUUCACCUGGUCCCCUCCAUUCACAGUGCUGCUGAGGAACCAGAGCCGGAGCCCGAGCUGGCGGCUCCGGGGGAAGAUGCAGAGCCGCAGGCGGGGCCAUCCGCUCGCGGCUCUCCGAGCCCCGCCGCCCCUGGGCCCCCAGCCGGCCCGUUGCCUCGCAUGGACCUGCCACCCGCCGGGCAGCCCCUGCGCCAUCCGACCCGGGCCCGGCCGCGGCCACGGCGCCAGCACCACCACCGCCCGCCGCCGGGGGGCCCCCAGGUGCCCCCGGCCCUGCCGCAGGAAGGGAAUGGGCUCAGUGCCCGUGUGGACGAGGGCGUGGAGGAAUUCUUCUCCAAAAGGGUGAUCCAUCAGGAUCGCCUCUGGGCCCCCGAGGAUGACCCGGCAGCCGAGGGGGGUACCACCCCUGUCCCCCGUACACUUCGAAAGAAGCUGGGCACUCUCUUUGCCUUCAAGAAGCCUCGUUCAACACGUGGGUCACGGCCUGAUCUAGAGACCAGCCCUGGGGCAGCUCCCCGCUCUCGAAAAACCACACUUGGGGACUUGAUUCGGCCACCAGCCCGUCCUGGCCGUGGUGAGGAGGCUGGUGGGGCUGAGGGGGGCACCAGCAGCCCUGACCCUACCCGCAGGAGUCGGCCUCGAUACACUCGGGAAAGCAAGGCCUACUCCAUGAUACUGCUACCUGCUGAGGAGGAGACAACAUUGGGUGCCAGACCUGACAAGCAGCAGCCCCUGGAGCGGGGAGACACAGAGCUGGCCCCAACCUUUGAACAGCGAGUACAAGUGAUGCUGCAGAGGAUCGGCGUGAGCAGAGGCAGCGGGAGUGCCGAAGGCAAGAGGAAGCAAAGCAAAGAUGGAGAGAUCAAGAAGGCUGGCUCGGAUGGUGACAUUAUGGACAGUUCCACAGAGGCCCCUCCCAUCUCGAUCAAGUCCCGCACCCACUCUGUGUCUGCUGACCCUUCAUGCAGACCUGGUCCAGGGGGCCAGGGGCCCGAGUCUGCCACCUGGAAGACACUAGGGCAGCAGCUGAAUGCAGAGCUCAGAGGCCGUGGUUGGGGUCAACAGGAUGGUCCAGGCCCCCCCUCCCCUUGUCCCAGCCCAAGCCCCCGAAGAGCCAGCCCCUCCCCAGACAGCCUGGGCCUCCCAGAGGAUUCUUGCUUAGGCUCCAGGAAUGAAGAUGGCCAGCUGAGGCCGAGGCCUCUCUUGGCGGGGCGACGAGCAGUGUCUGUGCAUGAGGACCAGCUGCAGGCCCCUGUUGAACGGCCCCUGCGGCUGCAGCGCUCCCCUGUCCUCAAGCGCAGGCCAAAGCUUGAGGCACCUCCAUCUCCAAGCAUAGGAUCUGGCCUCGGAGCCGAGCCUCUACCCCCACAGUCUACAGAGCCCUCGGGCCCUGAGCAGAGCCCACCAUCCCCAGCCACAGACCAAAGAGGCGGCGGCCCCAACCCCUGACCUUCUCCUUUCCUGCCGCAUGAGAUUAUUUUAUUAAAAAACUUCAAGGAAGCUGGUGUGAAACCCUGUUUAUCCACCCCCAGGCACGGACCUGUGCACACAUCCUCCCAUGUGCUCA